AUGAACCACCAAGGCUCGAAGCAGGACCAAGCGACCAAGCUCACUGGAGAGGAGAUCGCAAAGCACAAUGAUCGUGAAAGCUGCUGGGUCAUUGUCCACGGCAAGGCAUACGACGUGACGGAGUUCCUACCAGAACACCCCGGAGGCCCCAAGAUCAUCCUAAAGUAUGCCGGCAAAGACGCAACCGAAGAAUACGAACCCAUCCACCCUCCCGACACCCUCGACAAGUUCUUGGACAAAUCGAAGCAUCUGGGCGAGGUGGACAUGUGCACCGUUGAGCAAGAAGAGAAGAAAUUUGACCCAGAAGAGGAAGAGCGACAAGAGCGUAUCAAGCACAUGCCAAUCCUCGAGCAAUGCUACAACCUCAUGGACUUCGAGGCUGUAGCACGACGGGUGAUGAAGAAGACGGCGUGGGCAUAUUACUCCAGUGGCGCGGACGAUGAGAUCACAAUGCGAGAGAACCAUUCUGCAUUUCAUAAGAUUUGGUUCCGGCCGAGGAUUCUGCAGGACGUGGAGAACAUUGAUCUGAGCACGACGAUGUUGGGGACGAAGUGUUCGAUUCCAUUCUAUGUAACGGCAACGGCGUUGGGCAAGCUUGGAAAUCCCGAGGGAGAGGUUGUACUUACGCGGGGCGCGAAGAAGCAUGAUGUGAUUCAGAUGAUCCCGACGCUGGCUUCGUGCUCAUUUGAUGAGAUUGUGGAUGCGAAGGAAGGCGAUCAGGUGCAAUGGUUGCAGCUGUAUGUCAACAAGGACCGCGAGAUCACGAAGCGCAUUGUGCAGCAUGCAGAGAAGCGUGGUUGCAAGGGUCUCUUCAUCACAGUUGACGCACCACAGCUUGGACGACGAGAGAAGGAUAUGCGCUCGAAGUUCGACGACACUGGAUCGAAUGUGCAAAACACUGGCGGCGACAAUGUCGAUCGAUCACAGGGUGCUGCUCGUGCGAUUUCCUCGUUCAUCGAUCCGGCUCUGUCGUGGAAGGACAUUCCGUGGUUCCUGUGUAUUACGAAGAUGCCAAUCAUCCUCAAGGGCGUCCAGAGAGUGGAAGAUGUCAUCCAGGCUAUUGCUGCUGGUGUCCAAGGUGUUGUUCUUUCCAACCACGGCGGUCGACAGCUGGAUACUGCUCGCUCUGGUAUCGAAAUUCUCGCCGAAGUCAUGCCAGAGCUGAGGCGACUGGGUCUUGACAACAAGAUCGAGAUCUUCAUCGAUGGAGGCGUCCGAAGAGCGACAGACAUCAUCAAGGCUCUUUGCCUGGGUGCAACUGGAGUCGGCAUUGGUCGACCUUUCCUGUUCGCCAUGAGUGCCUACGGACUUCCAGGUGUGGAUCGUGCUAUGCAGCUGCUCAAGGACGAGAUGGAGAUGAACAUGCGUCUGAUAGGAUGCAACGAUGUCAGCCAGCUGGGGCCGGAGUUUGUGGACACGCGGGCUUUGAGCAUGCACACAACUGGCGUGCCAUCCGAUAUCAGGUCGCUGGAGUCGUAUGACCCUAUGAUCGGGCCCAGGUCGCCGGUGUGGGAGCAGAAGGCUAAGUUGUAG